AUGACAUCUUCACGAUCGCCGAUAAGAGGCCCCAAGCGGCGCUCUGCUGCGCCCGCGCCAGCUGCUACGCCCGCGAAACGCGCCCGCUCCAAACUCGCAAAGGAAAACGACCUAACCGCCGACGAGGAGGCGGAAAUCAAAGAAGUCUUUUCGUUGUUUGCCUCGUCGCAUCCGGAGUUUCCAGAUGAAAAGCUUGGCGUCAUCCCGGCUGAAGAUGUUCGCAAAGCACUAGUUGCUCUCGCCCUCUCACCGAACUCAUCGAAUGAAUUAUCCUCCAUCCUCUCGGCGGUUGACCCCACAAACACAGGGUAUAUACCGUAUUCGCCCUUCCUCUCUGUCGCGGCCGCAAAACUACAUGCCCGGGAUGACGACGAUGACGCCGCCCGUGCAGCAGAGGUAGACGAGGCGUUCCGCUUGUUCACACGGGGCAAGGACGGGCCUAUUACGCUGUCGCAUCUGAAGCGGAUUGCGCGCGAAUUAAAGGAGGAUUCGGUCGGGGAGGAGCUGUUGCGGGAUAUGAUUCUGGAGGCAAAUGGGGGGGGAGGCGUUGCUGCCGGGGUUACGCUGGAGCAGUUUCGGGAUGUCAUGGGCAGGGCGGGGGUUUUCUAG